AUGGGAAAAAUACCUGGAACAACCAAGUUCCGUGCAAAGCCUGAAACACCUCCUAAAUUACUCUUCUGUGAUAUCUGUAAUUAUGAAACAUUGUGUCGAAACUCUUAUAAAGUACAUGAAAGGUCACAAUAUCACGUCCAAACUAUAGAAGAACGUAUGUCCAAAAAACGACGUGCUCAGGAUAAAAAGCGCACCAAAGAAAUAAAACAAUUGAAUACUACUGAGGCACGAUCUACUUUCAUAAAAAUCGAACCUCAAAGUCCAGAUAUAAAAUUUUUUGACAGUCCAAUCCAAUUUGAACAUACGAAAGAUGACAAAUUUAUACAACAAUCAAGCCAGUCUUAA